CUUCCUUUUUGAAGAGCUUAUGAACGGCAAUCAUGCAGACAAUUUAGAAAAGUUAUUUAUAUUUGUUGGACAUCCACUAAAUCAUGAUGGGAGACUGCAUUCGUUGCACUGGUGGUUCUCUAGGCCUCUGUCUAGGCACAUGUGUAAAUGAAACAGAUGCGGCAGUACUGCCUGAAAUAAGGUGUAUACAAGAACAAAAGACAUAUUCGCAUAUUGUUAAAGAGAUGAAUGCUAAAACAGGGGCUACAGAGCCUAACUUAUUGAACUCCUUAAGGAAUCCAUCGAUGUCACAUGUACCUGAAAUAAGGUGUAUACGCGAACAAAAGUCACAUUCACAUCGAGAACCUUUGAAGCAAAUUACAUGUGAAAAAAGCAACAAUAGAAAUGAUACAUCAGAGGAUGCAGAGCCAGACUUAUUGAACUAUGUAAGGGAUCCAUCAUUGUGGAGAAAUGUUACAAAAGAGGAAAAUGAAUUUGUAAUGGGCAUCAUCAAUGACUAUUACAGUAAGAACAAAGACAGUGUAGCUGAAAACGGAUCAAAUCAAAACAAUGACAUAACAGAAAAAGAAAACAAUGUUGUUGAUCAAUACGGUAGGAUAAAAAUAAAAAAAUUCUACAAAUCUCAUUCGAAAAAAUUGUUUAGACACAGAGGUAUGCAAAAACAGUAAAAUCUGUGUAAGUAAGAUGCCUAGCCUUUGAUACCUCAAAAAUAUUUCCACAUUUAAUAUUCCAUUUAUAGAGGUUAAUUUCACAUAAAAUGAAAGAGAAACUGGACUUUGAAGUAUUCUACCUAUGGAGCGUUUUCACAUGCAAAGGUGUUCCACUUAACACAGUUUACUGUAGAAAAUCAUAAAAACUAGCUAUUAUUAAAUAUGAUCUCGUCCCAAUUUUUUUGAGGUGAUUAUGUCAUGUACGCCCCAAACACUUAAUUAUGUCACAUAUUAUUUUUGAGUGCAUUAAAAUUCUCAGUGUUCAAACAUUAAAAAUCAUAUUGAAUAUUUGGUGUCCUUUUAUGAGGUUUGAAUUAUUUCCAUGACAAUCAGAGAGCUCCUAUCUCAUUUCAUGGAGAGCACUGGAUCUUAGACUUUUCAAGAUAAUGUAACCAAUUCCAAACCUGUAUUUUGAAGAAUUAUAUCUUAGGAUGAUAAGGUUAGAUAAAAAGAUGGCA